AUGAAGGUGUUUAUCACGUUGCUUUGUUUAUCCGUCGCUCUUGCCGAGCCACCAGUCGGCGACGGAUAUGCUGCAGCACGGUCCGGACAUGAUCAUCAUCACGAUCACGGUCACGGAUUCGAAUCCCAACGUUCCCAAGGAUAUUCAGCAUCGUCAGCAAGGAGCUUUGGAUCGUCUCGCAACGCCAUCUCUCAAGAAUACGGAGCGCCUGGCUUACGUAGUUCUCCAUCAACCCAAUAUGGCCCUCCUAAUGCUAGAAGUGGACUUUCACAAGAGUAUGGCCCCCCAAAUGCAAGGAACGGACUAUCACAAGAAUACGGGGCUCCUUCAGCUAGGGGUCUUUCGCAAGAAUACGGCGUUCCCUCAGCACAUGGUUCUUCAUCUGUACCUGGUUUAAGAAGUGGUCUCUCCCAAGAAUACGGUCCUCCAUCUCUCUCUGCCAGGUCUCCGUCUUCACAAUAUGGUGCGCCAGACUUCCGUUCUGCUCCAUCUGAAGAAUACGGUGUACCUUCACAAAGAAGUUUUGGUUCUCAAGGCUUUGGAGCCCCAUCUCAGAGCUAUGGAGCUCCCAAUGCCCGAAACUCUCAGUUCCGAUCCUCCUCUCCUUCUCAGCAAUAUGGUGUCCCAUCUGCUCGUUCUAACGGCAUCUCCCAAAGCUAUGGCUCUCCCAGAUCUUCCUUCAAAUCGUCCCCAUCAUCUAGAAGCUUCUCUUCCUUUGGCAGUGCUCGUAAUGCCCCAUCGCAGUCUUACGGCGCACCAUCAUCUCGUUCGCUUUCCACACAGUACGGCGUACCUGAAUCAAGGAACUCUAACUCUUAUUCCCAAGGCUUUAAGUCCCUAUCUCAGUCGUAUGGUGCUCCUUCUGCUAGUGCAAGGGGUGUGUCUGAUUCAUAUCUUCCUCCUAGUGCAAGAGGUCUUUCCCAAGAGUAUGGUGCACCAUCGAGCAGGGCUUCUGAUUUGAGCACUAAUGCUUUUGCGUCUUCAUACGCAUCCAGCAGGUCGUCAUCACCUUCAACGAAAUAUGGAGUACCGUCUGCCCGUGAUGCUAUGCCUUCUGAGGAAUACGGUGUCCCUGAACAAUAUAACUCGCUGUCCAACCAAGGAUACAAUUACGCAAGGAACUCUAUUGAUGACCAGCUCAAUCAGGAACCAGCUAAUUAUGAUUUCGGGUAUAAAGUGAAUGAUUACAUAUCCGGCAGCGACUUCGGUCACACUGAAAGUAGGCAAGAAAACCGGGCCGAGGGCAGUUACUUCGUCGUUUUGCCUGAUGGCACAAAACAGGUGGUGGAAUAUGAAGCUGAUGAACGAGGCUUCAAGCCCAGGAUCUCAGUGGAACCAGCCGACGGUGCAGCCGGGGCUGGCUACGAUGACAACGCAUCAGAUCUGUCCAGAUCUGCUGAUGGACCCUACUGAAGAGAAGAUAAAUAGUGGAAUAUUCUAGAUCGACAAUUGCAAAGAACAUGGUCUGAAUUGCGCUCUAUUAUCACUCGAUGUUAUUUAUUAUGUUUUAA